AUGGGAGGUAUUUCUGGCACUGCCCGCCAUCAGUUUGACAACAUUUACGAGGGCAUUUACAAUGGUGCUGGCUUGGACGGCAAGCCAUGGCUCAGCGUUCUUGGAAAUCACGACUGGGGAGGCAGGCAGUUCUACAACGGAUGGGAUCAGCAGAUCGCCUACACCUGGGCAAGCCCGCGCUGGCGCAUGCCGGCACCGUACUGGUUCCAGCAUGUCGACUAUCCGGAUCUCGGCUUCACAGUCGACAUCAUCAUGCACGACAGCAACGCCAUGGAUGCCAAGGACCCGGGAGAGGAUCCGGAUCACAACAUGUGCAGUCGCAAGUACAACCGUCCAGAUGCCAGCUGUGCCUCCACGGGUGGACCGGCUUCAGUCGACUCAUGCAAGGAUUGGUUCUGGGCCCUCUACGCAGAGCAGAAGCCUUGGGUCGAAGGCAAGCUGAGGGGCUCAAAGGCCACUUGGCAGAUCAUGGUCACACACUUCCCUUGCGGCCACGACUCCGGGUGGUAUCGCAGCCUGCACACCUCGUAUGGUUUGGACCUGCUGGUGACGGGCCAUCGCCACGACCAGGAGCUCGGCUCUAACUGGGGAGCCCUGGGCGGCAUGAUGUGCAUCGUUACCGGUGGUGGCGGCGGCAUCACAUCUGAAGCCUCGCCCUGGGACAAGUCGCAGUGGUACGGAGAGGGCCAGUAUGGCUUCUACGACCUGACCAUCUCCGGGUCCAGCAUCUUCAUCGAGUCCAUCAACUACGACGGGCGCGUGCUGAAGAGCGCCACCGUGUACCCAAGUUGA